GAUUAAUCUCUGACAAUGUCAGGCAGUAAACAAUUAAGUCAGAUCAAAUCAACUCUGAUGUCAACUCCUUCAACCAUUGUGUACAACUGUCUCCCUUCAUCUUAUUCGCCUACAUCUACAACCAAUCAGAAUAAAAGUAUUCCAAGAACAAAAGCCAACUACAACAAAACUAUUGACAAUCAUAAUCCUCCUCAUUUUAUUCUUACUUCUGAUAACCAGUUACAUGAAAGUUGUGACAAGCUAAAACAGCUGAGAAGUACUCAAAAAAAGAUGAAAGAAGUGACAAAGUCAGUGAAUCAGUCUAAACCACCUGUCAAGUCAAUUGUAAAGACACAUGAAAUGUUGAAAAAAGGCGAUAUAAAUUCUAAUCAGUUCAAACAAAAGUCGAAUCCAUCAGUUAAAUCAACGCAUCAAACAACAACAACAAGAACUGCAAAGAAAUCAUGCCAUUUACAAGAUUUAUGUCUUGAAGAUCGUCGUAAAUUGAAUAAAUUAAUUAUGAAGCUUGCAGAAGCCCAAGAAGCGUUAAAAAUAAUGGAUUGUAAACUUCAAAAUCAAUCUGUGAAUAAUAAUGAUAAUGGUAGUAAUAAUAUCCUAGAAUUGAAGUGUCCAACAGACGGUAAUCAAAUCCAGUAUUCACAACCUACACUUGAAGAAGGUACAGUAUACUCUUCAAAAGCAGAAGAGUUGAUUAUCACCUAUAAGACAAGACUAGAACAGUUAGAAAAUGAAUUAUCCCAGUUACGUCAUCAUCAUCAUCAUUUCAAAGGAGAAGAAGAAGACAAUUAUCUACCACCAUAUGUUGAAAAUAAUUCAUCUGCAAAAAAAUAUCCUAUUGAAUUGCAUCCCACUGUGAUUAAUGAUGAAAAAAAUCUUCAUAACUUAGAUAAAGACGUCAAUCAACGUGGAAUGCAGUCAUCUGAUCAUCGUCAGCCUCACUGUCAUAAUCAUCAGAAGUUAUUGUCUUUAACAAGUGAUGGAAACUGUCAAAAGUCUAAUAAUCAUAAAACUGCAAAUCAACCUAUUAGUAAUUCUACCGACUUAAAAAGUUCUAAUAUUCUUCAAAAAGUUGAGAAUGAAAAUGAAAAGAGAACAAAUGACUCUGCGGAUGAUAUAAACAGGAAUCAAGAUCAUUCAAUACUGAUGAAUGGACAGCUUAGACAAGAGUCUACAAUACAAGAGUUCCCAGUAUGGGAAUUAUCUGAUCCUUUUAGCAAUUCUAGUGGAAAAGCGAAAUCUGACAAUAAGACUCCUGUUCCUGCAUCAUCAAAUAAAUUAGUUGAAAAGGCGAAAAAGAAGCAGAAGAAGAAAGAAGUCUCAAUAAUGACACAGAUUGGUGAUUUAAUGUCGACUGAGAAUUACGCCGUCAGUGAAAUCUCUGCUUCAGCUGAUAAAUAUACACAAACAAUAAAUGAAACGCACAAAACAAGUUCUCAAUCACAUGACAAGUAUACAGAAUGUUCAGAACAGGCUGAUUCAGCUUUACCUACAAAAGUUCUUCAGGUUCGACAGAUAUCCACAGAGAUUCAGUGUUCAACAGGAAACACUGAUAGAAUUAAACCUCUGAGAGAUUCAUGCGUACAAACCAGUUUUGUAGCUAAUGAUUAUUUCAUGAUCAAGUGUGGUAAUAAAAGGAUAAAUAAAAGUUCAAGACAGAUGCAUAGAAAAGGCACUCCUCAAUGGAAUCGAACAAAACUAUCAACGGAAAGGCAGAAUAGAUCUUCUUCUUCUUCAUCUUCCAUCUCUGAAUCUUCUCCCUACUCAUCUCCUUCAUCAUCAUCGUUGUCGGAUGGCUCUGAUGUCAAUAACAGAAGUGAUAAUAACAAUAAUAUGAAAUUAACUGCAAAGAAUAGUCGUCAGAGAAAAAUGAACCAAAAUGGUGAGCGAUCAAAACAACAUUUUCGUCAGUCAUUGGAUAUUUCAAACAGUAUCUCAGACCAGAUCAACCAGAAAUUACCUGUUCACAGUGGUGAGUAA